UCCAGCAUUCAGGCUUACAUACUCGCAUGCCCUCUGACUUAUACUCCAGCAUUUGAGUAUACACUCAUUCACAAAAUAGUGAAGACAAGAACGGCCUAAUAACUCGGUGUGCUUGCUUGCAUGUGUGUUUUCUUGGAAUCUGAUUUCGGAUAAUGCUGACUUCGAAAUGCAUGGGGGAUUUUAGAAACGCUGACCCGAUUGGGCUUACGUGACCCCAUGCAUUCUCAUGAGAACGCUUGUAGAGCUUAUGCUUGUGCUCUGCAGAUGCCCCGAAUGCACCGCAACCCAACACGACUAAUCAACACCAACAACCUCGGCUUGCGGGCGCUGAGUCAGCCGUGCGGAGGAGAGCAUGACUGCCGGCCUGCCUUUGACCGACCGACACUUAUAGCUAUGAAUAUCUCAACCAUAGACCCAAAGAAAUAAAAACAAUUCUCCACCCUCAAAUAUCUACCUAAGCAACCAGUCAGAUCCACAGAAUGUCCGACCCCAGCAUAACACUCUACAUAGACACCGUCAGUCCCUUCGGGUAUAUCGCCUUUCACGUCCUCCGAAACUCCCCCAUCUUCGCCAACUGCAAGUUAACCUACAUCCCCAUCUUCCUGGGUGGUCUGAUGCACGCCUGCGGAAACACUCCACCCGUGGAGAUCAAGAAUAAAUCCGCCUGGAUCAACCGCGAACGCACGCGCUGGGCGACCUACUUCUCAGUGCCGAUCAUCCCGACCCCACCCCCGGGCUUCCCGCCGCGCACGCUGCACACGCAACGGGCGCUGGCCGCCGUCGCGCAGCUCGCCCCGACGCAGUACGAGGCCGUGCAGGAGGCGUUCUACCGGACGUUCUGGGUGGAGGGGGACGGACGGAUCGCGGAGCCGGGGUGUUUCGUGCCGGUUUUGGAGCGGGUGUUGGGGGCGGAGGUGGCGGGGCGGGUGGUUGAGGCUGUGCAAACGCCCGCGAUCAAAGCGCAGCUCACCGCCAACACGGACCGGGCCUUCCAGGCCGGGGCGUUCGGGGUGCCCUGGUUCGAGUGCACGAAUGCGCAGGGCGAGACGGAGGGGUUCUUCGGGGUGGAUCAUCUGGGCCAGGUGGCGGAGUUCCUGGGGCUGGAUCGGCGGGGGGAGUCGGGGAUGCGGGCUUUGCUGUAGCGUAGCGUAGCGUCGCCGUAGCUUUCGAGCAGAACAGCUUGAGGCUUGUGAGUAACUAUGGGAAGUAAAAGCGGGGGGUCGAUAUUCAUCACAAUCCCAUUGAUCUGUACACAACACACAGCAAAGACAAAGAAAACAGGCUUAAGCGCGAUCAAUCAAUUAACUUCUUGAAUGCAAAACAAU